AUGCCCCACUUCGAAAACCCCCACAUUGCCCCGCAAGACUUGACCGAGCAGCACGACAUCCUCGACGCGGAGGAGGAAGACGCUUUGGCCACAGCGGACGACAUGGCGUGGGUAAGAACGUUCUGCGGCUGCAUUUCCACCAGGAAGGGGGUCAUCGUCAUCGCGACCCUUGCCCUCGUAAGUGCCCAGCAUCAUGCAUCCACAUAUGAAUUCCCGAAUCUCUGCAUGAAAGCAUUGAGCAUCCUGUUGCAUUAUAUCCCGACUCUCUCCAUCCCGGUUUUGAUCUCUAUCGGCCGUGACUUUCGACGCUUCUCUUCGCAUCAACCAGACUACACUGGUGCUCUUCGGGCCUACAGGAAGAUCCUGAUCACUGCCAUCAUUCUGAUCGUGUUAUACGCCAUGAGCUCCUUGAUUCUGAUUUUUGCUGCGCAGAAGAACGUGAGGAUGAUGCACGUGCCAUGGAUCCUCGUUCAUCCCGUGAUCACGGUCGGUCUCGUGACUCUCAUGUGUUACGUUGCGGCCUUGCUCGGGCGGAACACGGCCCCGGUCAAUCAGGUGAACGCAGUGCAGAUCGUCUUCUCCAUCUUCGUCUGUCUCUGGAUCAUGACUUACCUCUGGGUGGUGGUGGUUAGCAACUACCAAAAGCUGAGCAAGCCACAGGAUGGAGAUGACGCCCCACUGGUCGAGAUCAACGCCUGGCCACGUCAGAAGGGGCUUCGUCGCGAUGGCAAGAUGAAGAGGAGAUCAUGGAAGCAGAACAGCUUGGUCGUCCCCGCCCCGAUCGGCCCCCAGCCUCCGUCACCUGCUGUUUACGACCUCGCGGAGGCGCUGGGGUUGUGA